AUGGACAGCAUCGAGCCAUUAGAUGAGGCAAUUUACCUUAUAGAGAUAAAUGAAGUUGUUAAGCAGUACUUGGGCAAGGACAAAGCCAACAAGUCCCUCGGCUGCUGGUUGUCUGGAAGAGGUGCGCUGAAAAUCGAGAUUUCGACUGGAAUUCCAAUUCAAAUACCAGAAAACACUCCUGUAGACGACAUAAAGGAGAUGAAGAAAGAAGCUCUUCUCAAGUUCUUUGCAAAGCGCCCAUGGAUACAACUUCCAAACAGAGAGA